UGCUAAUAAAUUAAUUUAUAUUUUCAAACAUUCAAUCAAAAUUAAUUAUAAUUACAUAAAUCUUCUAAAAGAUACUUAAACAAAGCUAAAUUCUUAAAUAAUUAGAUUUUAUAAAUAGACAAAUCAUAUAUAUUUUAGUUUUAUCUGAUUAAAAUGUUUUCUACUUAUGAAGAAGUAACAAAGCACUAAGAAAAGUGCAUCUAAGAACUUAAAUAGCUUCAAAAAAGACUAGAUGAGCUUCCUAAGAAAUUAAAUGAUUAUGGAUUAUAAAAAUUAAACUCUGUUUGCUUUGUACCAGCUAAAAUUUAUCAUACAAAUGAGAUUAUGGUACAUUUGGGAAAUGAUUAUUUUGUAGAAAGAACUAGUUUUUAAGCGAGAGAUAUUGCAGAACGUAGAAUUAAAGUAUAUCAAAAAAAUUUGGAUGAAUUAAAAGAGUAAAAAAAGAAGUAGGAUAAAAGUAGAAUUCUUGAAAUAAAAGAACCUAUUGAGGAGGUUUAGGAAACUAAAGAUAAACCUAUAAAACCUAAAGUAGAGUAAUAACAAAGUACUACUAAGAAAAUUACAUAAGAAAUAUAAUAGGAAGAUAAAAAGUAAGAAUAAAUCGUAAAGUAAUCUGAAAAUAAUUCUCAAGAAAAUAGCAAUAAAUAAACAACAAACUCAACAAGUAGCUUAUCACAUAUAUUAUAAUUGAUGAAUAAGUCAAAUUUUAAAAUGGAGGAUUAUGUUAGUGAUGAAGAGUUAGAAGAAGAUUAAGAUGAUGUGGAGAUUGAAGAAAAUGAAGAGCAAGAAAAAAUUUAAAUUAAAUCAUCUUCAACACCUACUUAAAAAUCAAAUUUGAAGAAAUAAUCAAGCAACUCCUAAGAAAAGAGAAAGAGUGUCUAAUUUGGGGAGUCAGAAAAAGUAAUAUUUGAGCCUACAAAUGAAUAGAAACCUGAAGAUUUGCUUAAACAAAAAGAUCAAUAAAUAAAGGAUAGAAUAGCUAAAUUAGAUUAAAGAGCUAAAGAAUUGGGUAAAGAAGAAGAAGAAGAGCAAUAGAAGCCAGUUAUUAAAGAAAACAUAAUGGAUAAGAUUAAGCCUUAAAAAGAAGAUAACUCAAAGACUUCUAAAAAAAAAGUUAAACAUGAAUUCGAUGAAGAGGAAGAGGAAGAAGAGUAAGAACAACCAAAAAAGAUAUCAAAAUUCAAACAAAGAAUGAUGGAAUAAAAAAAAUGA